AUGACAAAGACGAAAUCGAUCAUCAUGUCAGACAAGGAAGAGCCGCAGCAACAGCACAUCCAGACUGAGCCCCAGAAUGACGAGCAAGAAGAGAAGAAGGGCUCUGGAGGCCUUUUGAGCAAGGUCGGAGACCCUAUUGGCAACGUCCUAGGCACAGCCCUCCGCCCCCUCGGCGCGCCCCUCGAAAAAGGCGUAACAGGCCCCCUCGGCAACGCGCUCGGCGGCACCACACGCCCGGCUCUCGGUCCCCUCAUGGGCCACGAAGAAGAAAAGUCUGAGCUGCUGGGCGGCCAGAACAAGGAUAGCUAUGAGAGUAAGCCGGAGAGUAUUGCGGGGAAGGAGCAGACGGGGCAGAAUCCGCUGGGUCUGGAUCAGACGGGGAGGUGGGGGUUCCAGGACGAGAAGAAAUAG